AUGUCGGUGUCUCUCAUCACUAGGCGGAAUGUGCUGUGCGGUGCUCGCAUCAAUGGGAUCAGUGCGGUCGUUCCGGCACUGACGGGCGCUCGGAGUUUUCAUGCUCAGCCGAGUGGCUCGGCACGCAAGCGGUGGCAUUUCAAGACGCUCGGUGGUGGUCUAGUUGCUGCAGGUAGCGGAUGGUACUACCUGGGCAGCAACAACAACGCGGUUCGGAGCUUUUCUGUGCACUCACCUCUGGAAUCCAACAAGGAUCCCUCGAACGACGCCGAGCGAGUCACUGCAUCUUCCACUCUGCUCCGUCCUGCGUCGUCGGCGGCACCUCGACGACAGACAGUGGCACUGGUGUUCCUCACCUCGCAAGCUACAAGUCACGGGCUGGUCAAGUCUCUCGUGUCCAACUUGCCCGGAUCUUCUGGUGAAAGAGAAAAAUGGUUCCCCUGGAUCGGGUAUUUCCGCGAAGCUGGCUACGACUGUCUCCAGAUGAACCUCGCUCUGCCUAUCGACGAUGCUGACGCUGCUGAUGCCAGAUCAUCGGCCGGUGCAGACCAGACUACCCUACGACUGUCGGAUGAGCUUCACGCCCAAAUCAGACUCAGCAAUCUGCAACGUCAACCGGUGCUGUUUGUCCACCAUACAGCCGAUUCCUCGCCGUCUUCGACCAGUCAGAUCGUCAGCUCGUACAUCGAACCCAGCAAGACAAGUAGCGGUGCUGGAUUCUGGAGCAAAAUCUUUGGUGCGGGGGCCAUGUUUGGUUCCCGGCCCGCAAUUUCAGGUCUAGUGGUGAUUAGCGACUUGGACGACGCUUCCGCCUUGACGCUGUUCGGCAAACAUCCAAAGCUCAACACAUUGAUCGUCGCGAAUGGUGGAACCAGCACGAAAGCGCACCAGGGCAGAGUCGCCAUUUUGGACGCUCAGGGUAAGAAGCAUGAUAGCGUCAUCAAAGACAUCGAGCGCUGGUUGAUCAGUCAGGGUUACGAAGGUUGA